UCUGAAGCUCAGAGAGAACUCUCUCAGCCUGGGAGCGAAAGCUGACCCUUUUUCUGCUUUCAGAAAACACCGAGUCCGUUCCGCGGAAUCCGUCUCAGCGCAGACCCGGAGAAGCAAAGACAGCGACCAUGUCUAAGGGUCCGGCGAUCGGCAUCGACCUGGGCACCACCUACUCGUGCGUGGGGGUGUUCCAGCACGGCAAGGUGGAGAUCAUCGCCAACGACCAGGGCAACCGCACCACCCCCAGCUACGUGGCCUUCACCGACACCGAGAGGCUCAUCGGCGACGCGGCCAAGAACCAGGUGGCCAUGAACCCGCAGAACACCGUGUUCGACGCCAAACGGCUGAUCGGCCGCAAGUUCCACGACGCCGUGGUGCAGUCGGACAUGAAGCACUGGCCCUUCCAGGUGGUGAGCGACGGCGACAAGCCCAAGGUGCAGGUGAGCUACAAGGGGGAGACCAAGGCCUUCUACCCCGAGGAGAUCUCGUCCAUGGUGCUCACCAAGAUGAAGGAGAUCGCCGAGGCCUACCUGGGCCACCCCGUGAGCAACGCGGUCAUCACCGUGCCGGCCUACUUCAACGACUCGCAGCGCCAGGCCACCAAGGACGCGGGCGUGAUCGCGGGCCUGAACGUGCUGCGCAUCAUCAACGAGCCCACGGCGGCCGCCAUCGCCUACGGGCUGGACCGCAGCGGCAAGGGCGAGCGCAACGUGCUCAUCUUCGACCUGGGCGGCGGCACCUUCGACGUGUCCAUCCUCACCAUCGACGACGGCAUCUUCGAGGUGAAGGCCACGGCCGGGGACACGCACCUGGGCGGGGAGGAUUUUGACAACAGGCUGGUGAGCCACUUCGUGGAGGAGUUCAAGAGGAAGCACAAGAAGGACAUCAGCCAGAAUAAGAGAGCGGUGAGGCGGCUGCGCACAGCCUGCGAGAGGGCCAAGAGGACCCUGUCCUCCAGCACCCAGGCCAGCUUGGAGAUCGACUCUCUGUUUGAAGGUAUCGACUUCUACACUUCCAUCACCAGAGCACGCUUCGAGGAGCUGUGCUCUGACCUGUUCAGGGGCACCCUGGAGCCGGUGGAGAAGGCUCUCCGCGAUGCCAAGAUGGAUAAAGCCCAGAUCCACGACCUGGUCCUGGUGGGGGGCUCCACGCGCAUCCCCAAGGUGCAGAAGCUGCUGCAGGACUUCUUCAAUGGCCGUGACCUCAACAAGAGCAUCAACCCCGACGAGGCUGUGGCCUAUGGGGCAGCGGUGCAGGCGGCCAUCCUGAUGGGGGACAAGUCUGAGAACGUGCAGGACCUGCUGCUGCUGGACGUGGCUCCCCUGUCUCUGGGGCUGGAGACGGCCGGAGGUGUGAUGACAGCACUGAUCAAGCGCAACUCCACCAUCCCCACUAAGCAGACGCAGGUCUUCACCACCUAUUCUGACAACCAGCCAGGCGUGCUGAUCCAGGUGUAUGAGGGCGAGAGAGCCAUGACGAAGGACAACAACCUGCUGGGGCGCUUUGAACUCAGUGGCAUCCCUCCGGCCCCCAGGGGCGUGCCCCAGAUCGAGGUGACCUUCGACAUCGAUGCCAAUGGCAUCCUGAACGUCACCGCCACUGACAAGAGCACGGGCAAGGCCAACAAGAUCACCAUCACCAACGACAAGGGCCGCCUGAGCAAAGAGGAGAUCGAGCGCAUGGUGCAGGAAGCCGAGAGGUACAAGGCCGAGGACGAGGUCCAGCGUGACCGGGUGUCGGCCAAGAACGCGCUGGAGUCCUAUGCCUUCAACAUGAAGAGCACCUUGGAGGACGAGGGGCUCAAGGGCAAGAUCAGCGAGAGCGACAAGAAGAAGGUGCUGGACAAGUGCCAAGAAGUGAUUUCCUGGCUGGAUGCCAACUCUCUGGCGGAGAAGGAGGAGUUUGAGCACAAGAGGAAGGAGCUGGAGCAGGUGUGUAACCCCAUCAUCACUGGACUGUACCAGGGGGCAGGGGGCCCCGGUGCUGGUGGCUUUGGGGCCCAGGCCCCCAAGGGGGGUUCUGGGUCUGGUCCCACCAUUGAGGAGGUGGAUUAAGACCUGUUUCCCAAGUUCUUUGACACUUGUCAUCCAAGGACUUGAUUCUGUAUUUCUUAUUCUUUCUAUUGAGUUUAUUGUAAAGUUUACUUGUAACUUGAAAAAGAACCUGUCUUUGUAUUCGUUGAAUUCUUUGUAUGUUGAAACUGUAUAUUUUCUUUUCUUAAAUGAAUCAACUCUGCCACCUUGUGUCUUUUUUCACUGGGAUGUGCAGCAAAAGUUGUGAUUUCGUUUUUCUAUUUUAAAAGAUCUAUACUUGAUAAUACAAAAUAAAAAGUUAAAACUAU